AUGACAGUCAACACCAAACCCAUUCUCACCCUUGAGGAUCACGAAAAUCCCAUCAUCACGCCUGAUGACCACACCAAUCCCAUUCUCAACCCCGAAGAGCAGCAGUGGCUUUUGAUCCACCUGCAAGAUUGUGUUCACCUAGAUAGCCAGCUGAAGAAACAGCACUUCACAACCGUGGCCAGUUAUCCUCUUGCUCCUUCUCGUCGCCCCGCCGGGGGCGUGAUCAGAUACAAUGAAUUUAUGACGACUCCCCCAUCAAACCCAAGCCAAACCAGUCGAAAGGCCAUUGCCAUUGACUGUGAGAUGGUCGGUGUUAUGGGCAAUCGCCGUGAGCUUGCCUUUCUGGUAGUGGUGGAUCUCCUCACAGGAGAGGUUCUCGUCAACCAUUUCGUCCACCCCACCAACACUGUUCGAAACUGGCAUACCAGAUGGAGUGGUGUAACAUGUGCUGACAUGAAGGCUGCGGUCAGGAAGGGGGUUGCAAUUAAAGGUUGGAAGGCAGCUCGGGCCAUGCUUUUUGAGCAUAUGGAUAGCAGGACUAUUCUCGUUGGUCACGCCCUCCAUGAUGACCUGAACGUCCUGGGCAUUAUACACUCCACAGUCAUCGACACUGCGAUUCUCACUGCCGAUGCGGUGUAUAAACCGCUUGCAAAACCUUUCCGCCGGACUUGGAGCCUCAAAACCUUGGCCAAUGAGUUGAUUGGUUACAAGAUCCAGAGAGGCAAAAAUGGACACAGUGCGCUGGAAGACACGAUGGCCACCAGGAGUGUGCUGAUUUAUUGCACCAGAAGCCCUCUGAAGCUCGAGGCUUGGGCCGAUAAGGCCCGAGGAGAGGAACCGGUCCAGCACGAAGAACCGAUCCAGAGCGAUGAUUCGGAGUGGUAG